GCGCGAGCGGAUGAAAAGUCACGCCACAUUUCCACGAGUCUACGGAGCCAGAGCUUUCCAUGCUGCCCACUGAACCGGGAUCGUAAGUCACGGACGGAUAGCUCACACGUAUAACCGGAGAAGGUGAAUGAAACGCGCAGAUUGAUCAGGUGUACUUGAAGCCCAUCUGAUCCUUCUCUUCAUCAUCAUCCCCAUCAUUGUGUGUGUGUAGAGAUGCCACCAGCAACAGCAGGGCCGGUGGGCUACACUCCUCCAGAGGGCGGCUGGGGCUGGGCAGUGGUUGUAGGGGCCUUCAUCAGCAUUGGGUUCUCCUAUGCUUUUCCCAAGUCCAUCACAGUGUUCUUCAAAGAGAUCGAGGUGAUCUUCAAUGCCACCAGCAGUGAAGUGUCAUGGAUCUCCUCAAUUAUGCUGGCUGUCAUGUAUGCAGGAGGACCAAUCAGCAGUAUUAUGGUGAAUAAGUUUGGCAGUCGGCCAAUCAUGAUUGCUGGGGGCUGUCUGUCUGGCACAGGAUUGGUUGCCGCAUCAUUCUGUAACACAGUGGAGGGCCUUUACUUCUGUGUGGGAGUUAUAGGUGGCCUGGGUUUGGCUUUCAAUCUCAACCCAGCAUUGACAAUGAUUGGUAAAUACUUCUACAAGCGUCGGCCAAUAGCUAAUGGCAUCGCAAUGGCGGGCAGCCCAGUGUUCCUGUGCACAUUGGCCCCACUGAACAGCUGGCUGUUUGAUCAGUACGGGUGGAGGGGCAGUUUCCUCAUCCUGGGUGGAGCUUUGCUGAACUGUUGCGUUGCAGGAUCGUUAAUGCGGCCCAUUGGACCAAAACCACUGCCUACCAGACCAAAAGAGGAAGAAUCGAAACUACAAGAGAAAAAAACUGUCCUGCAGACUGUAAACAGUUUCCUGGAUCUGACCCUCUUCACCCACCGAGGCUUCUUGCUGUACCUGCUAGGAAACGUCAUAAUGUUCUUUGGUCUGUUUGCACCCCUUGUCUUCCUCAGUAACUAUGCAAAGAGUAAAGACAUUGCCAAGGAUAAGGCUGCUUUUUUAUUGUCCAUUCUGGCCUUCACUGAUAUGAUCGCACGGCCAUCCAUGGGCCUAGUGGCCAACACGCGCUGGGUCCGUCCACACAUACAGUACUUCUUUGCCUUAUCUGUGCUGUAUAACGGUGUCUGCCACCUGAUGGCACCAUUCUCCACAGAUUACAUGGGCUUUGCUAUUUAUGCCGUGUUUUUUGGUGUGGCAUUCGGCUGGCUCAGUUCUGUACUCUUCGAGACACUUAUGGACCUGGUGGGUGCUCAGAGAUUCUCCAGUGCAGUCGGCCUGGUCACCAUCGUAGAGUGUGCUCCUGUACUGCUGGGGCCUCCAUUACUAGGAAGACUCAAUGACAUCUACCAUGACUAUAAAUACACAUAUCAGAGUUGUGGAGCCGUCCUGGUGGUGGCCAGUGUAUUUCUGUUCGUUGGAAUGGGAAUCAACUACCGAAUGUUGGACAAAGAGAAGAGGGAGGAGGAAAAAAGAGCCAGGCAGGAAGGGGAUGAUGAAGAGACAAAUAUAGACAAUGCCUUAAAAGAGAAGGCAAAGGAGGCAGAGAGAGACUCAUGCGAUGCAUGAGCAGUCAUGGCUAAAAUAGAGAAGGGGACACUAUAAUGUGCGCACACGCACGUCUUCCAAUUCUGAGAGUCCGAAAUAAUAAACACAAAAUUAAUUCCCUCUGAGGAGUCACAAUGAGCCAAUGUUUAAAAAAAAAAAAAAAAAAGCACAAAAGACUCUGCUGCCAAGAAAUUCUCCCAUAUUCUCCUGAGAAAAUAAUUUAAUGGUAUCACCACAUUAUGAUGUGGUUUUAUUUUCCAGUGCCAUCAUUCAUAUGGGUGUGUUUUUACCCUCAAUGUCAUAAUUCACCUUUUGCUGAUACAUUAUUGCCACGAUGAGUGCAUUUCUAAUUUUAGACUUACUCAGUUCAUUAGCCUUUAAAUACACGACCAGUGAACACUGAAUCUCUCAGCUGAGAUUGAUAUUUAAUCACAGAUCCUGUGUCAUCAUCUCUGUGUGUAGGGGUGUUGAGAAUUUGACAGUUUUGGACAAAGAAAGAAUACUCUUUCACUCAGUCUUCCAUUAUAGGAAUCGGGCCAGAUGUCUUUUUGACUAAAGUUCAUUAUAUUAAAUGGACACCAUUUUUCAAUGUAGAAAUGUUUUAGUAUCUGUGUGCAGUCUUUGAUAUUCCAAUUGGCUGGUAGAGAAUACUACCAGGCUUUGCUCGAGAUAAACAAUUCAUGGUUUUUAAACAUUCUGAGAGCUCUUGUCAAAUAUAAUCUGUUUUGUGGCAGGUUGCAUUGUAGGAAGCUCUUGUGCCUUUGAUCCGAUUCCUUUCUAUCUACAGUGCAUACAUGUAUUUAAAGGCCAUAAAUGUAACUAACUCCUAACCCCUCUUUUACAAAACUCUUUUCAAUGUAUAAUUAUUGAUUAAUUUCAUAAGCUGAUGCCCUGCUCUUCAGUUUGUAGUCUUAAAACCUGGAGGAGAAUUUGCGAUUUUUAUGUCAAGGGUUUCCUCCCUGAUUUCAAAUGGGGUUAAGUGUAGCAUUUUUGAUUUUUUUAGUAAAAUAAGGUUUGUGGUAGACAUUGCUUGAAGAGACUUUACUGUUUUGUUACGAAUCAUACCUCAAACAUUAGUUUUGAAACCAUUGUGUGCUUAAAUGUAGUUGCUACAAAAGGACUACAGCGUUUGUCAAAUGAAUCACACAUCAUUCAUCAAUCAUAUGUGUCUUUCAAAUAAUGUUAACCACAUACCAUAUAUUUAACUCUUAAAAAUGCUGUUCUUAAAAGCACAAUGGUAAAUUAGCCUUCCUGGUUGCCCUACAAAUUGAUGUUGUGACUGAUAAAAAGUGCUUAAUUUCUAUAAAGCACACGUACCUCCAUUUUAGAUCUUUUCAUCUGGAAAGCAUCACAAUCUACAAAGUAAAAAAUACGUCUUCCAGGUGUUAACACAUCAAACUGACAUCUGCGUGAUGAAUGUGUGUUAUCAGGGAUUUAACAAAGGCAACCAAUCCAGACGUCUCUUUGAUGUAUAUUUACACCUGGAAGACUUUGUAUUUUUUUACGUGGUUUGCUCAUCUGCAAAACGACUAAGAUGUACGUCAAAAAGUAUGUCUUGGAUGUCAAUAAGACAUUCAAUAGAUGUUUUUGAGACUGUUAUGAUUUAGAAUAUUUGUAAAUCUUAUCUUUUUAAGAUAUUAAAAUCUGCUCAAGAUUGUGUUACUUUCCAUAUGAAAAGUUCUAAAAAAUUACAUCUCUGAGAUGUACAUGUGCUAUAUGAGGUACUGCAUUACUGUUGGUUGCAGAUGAAUUCCAGACUUGAAAGGCUUAAUUUCAAGUUCUGAUAUUAUUUUAAAGCUCCAGACCUGAUCAUAUGUUUAAUUGCAUAAUAAAUGUGCAUUUCUUUUAUGUAAACAGGAGUGCUGAAACAGUAAGGAUUUUCUUUGUUUUUCAAGCCCAUUUUAUUCCUUAUUUCAGAUCACAUUUGAUGGGCUUCUGGAAACCAAUAUACAUGACAUUAGUGGAUAUGAACAGUUCAGUGACCACAUUGCUUCUCUAGAGUGCUCAUAGGCCACUUAAAAGGGUGUUUGAUGUAUUGACUUCACAUUGAAAAGUGAGGAAACAUCACAACCUGAUGGCCACGGUACUACAUUGCACCACUGCAAUCCAUUAUCACAUUUUAUAGUAUUAUUGGGAAAGUUCAGUAUGUAUAGUUCUGUUCUAGUAUCAGUUUUUAACUGCAGUAAUUGUUGUAUAAUGCACUUUAAUUAGGUAAAGGUACAUUUUAAAUGAAGGUCAACAGAAUUAAAUCUCUUGUAAUGCACAAGCAGCAUUGACAGUGUAAGGCAAAUAUUCUUUUUCUCUAUAGAAUUGAAUCUGUGCUGAGUUAUAUGUGCUUGCAUACUGCUUUACUCUGGCAGAGUUGGUAAUGAAAUGUCUGUGCAUGGAGGUAUAACAGUAGCUGUGAGAGCAGAAUGAGAUCCAGUGCAGUGCUAACUGGACUCAAUUUCAGUGUCUCGGAUCAGGGCUCUGACUGAACUCCUGUUUACAGGAUCAGAGCCGUUUAAACUCCACUCUACCGGGUGUACAGGGUAGAUUUAUUCUCAACGUUGUUCAGCUAAUAAUUGAAUGAUUCAAAAUACAGCUGUACAAAGACAAUAGACCACCCUGAGAAAAUGCAAUGAAACGGUUAGACUUCAAAGCCUUUUCACUCUCCUCAUCUCAUUUUCCAUUAUUUCAUCCCCAUUUAUUUUCUUGCCAGUAGAUGUGACAAAAGUAACAACAACCAGAAUGCUUUUACAUCUGUCAGACAAUUGGGGGCAAAGAGAGAUGGGAGUGUUUGAGAUUGUGUAUAUUUGUAUGCAUGUUUGUGCACAGAGAUUCCAUGCAAACGUCACUAAUUUCAUUAUUAAUUUAGGACAUGAGGUUAAAAGUUCUAGUAGACUGUAGAAUUAAUGGUAUUUUUAAGUAUUUUAAACGAUAUGUGUGAUUUAAUUUUUAUGUGUGCCUAGAUGAGCAAAUCAAUAAACAAUUUUUAAAAAUAUAAAUCUGUUUUUUACUCCUUAUUGAGUGAGAAUUAUAUAAAUGGCAUUAACAGUUGUGUAGCCUAUAAAUUAGAUAUCGCAACGGUCAACUAAUUUGAUUGGUUCCUAGAAGCCCCAAUAGUAUCCCUGCCUUCCUCCUCGAUCUUUCAAAAGUCUUUUCAGUGAGAAAUUUGUGCCAAAAGUGUGAUUGCAACAAAUGGAAGAUGAAACUGUGUAUAUCAGAUUAUUUCUGGAAAAUAUUUAUGCCACAAACACAAGUCAUUUACAGGU